CUCUAGCCACUGUUGUAUCAAUCGCCGUGUCCUAACCUAACAUUUCUGAAAAUUGAAUUUAUUUCAAAAAUUUAGUGUAUUACGUACUGGUUAUUUACUUUUAAAAAAACUGGAUAGCAAUGGAUGUAGAAAUUCGUGCUAUUAAUAACAUAAAGGGCAGGGGAUUGUUUGCCAAAAAGAGUUUUCCGUGCGGAACUAUAAUUUUUGAAGAAGAUCCUUUAGUCUGCUGCCAGUUUUCGUGGAAUUGUAGUUACAUGUACAAAACUUGUGACCACUGCUUACGUCCUCUGGAGUCUGCUCAAGAGAAUGCACGUCGAUUAACCGGCAAUCCUGAAUUGAUACUGCCUUAUCCAGAGUGUUGCACCACCAAUAAAAAUAGUAUAGUGUCAUGUUCUACCUGUGGAGUCGAGUAUUGCAGUGUGCAUUGUCAAAAUGAGGCUUUCAAUCGUUAUCAUCGUAUAUUAUGUCUGAGAACUAAAGAGAGAAAUAAUAGCCAUCCAAUGGAACACUUAAAUGAGGCUUGGAAGCAUAUGCAUUAUCCUCCGGAAACCAGUACAAUUAUGAUAAUUCCAAGACUACUGGCAACAAUUUUACAAUCUCCAAAUCCGGAACAGAUGCAGGAAGCAGUCCUACAAUUCACGCAUCGCGCUAUCAAUGAGGACGCCCAACUUGUUCAUAAGCUACUGGGCGAAAAAUUUGCAGACCAACUUUUACUUUUGCACAAUCUGCUACUCCAAGCUGUUCCACACGAGGGCAUCGAACAGUUUUUAACAUUGGAAGGUUUCCAAAGCUUAUUGGCUUUAAUUGGCACCAACGGACAGGGGGUGGGUACAAGUGCGGUAAGCCAGUGGGUCACUCGUAGCUCAGAGUUGCCGCUACCUGAUGCAGAAAAGCAACAGCUCGAUAAUUUUAUUGAUAAAUUAUAUGAAGAUAUGGAUAGGGUAUCCGGGAAUUUCUUAAACAACGAAGGUGUCGCUUUAUUUUCGCUUCAGAGUUCUUGCAAUCAUAGCUGUGUGCCGAAUGCGGAACCCACUUAUCUUCAUAACAAUAGCCGACUGUCACUUGUGUCUUUGAGAGACAUCGAAGCUGGCGAAGAGAUUACAAUUAGUUAUUUAGAUGAAUGCAACCUGCAAAGGUCAAGACAUUCCAGACAUAAAGUUUUGAUGGAAAAUUACCUUUUUGUAUGCAAUUGCUUGAAGUGUGAAGAACAAGUGAAUGAACCAGAUGUUACCAGUGAUGAAGAAGAGGAUGAUGAGGAAGAAAUGAGUGAAUAAUGUGGUUUUCAAAGACAUGGAAUAGUUUUUUAAUACUACUUAUGAAUAAAGUCCAAUUGUUGAGUA